UUUGUAAAGGACACUUGUAGAUUUUACAAUUUGUAUAAGGUCUUGGAGAGAUGGUUGUACCUGCUUGGAAAUAUAUAGGCAUUGUUCUUGCGUGGACUUUCAUGCUUCAUGGCAUCUCUUAUUCAGAAAAAGCUCCGAGUUACACGUUUGUUAACAAAGCAACAUCAGCCCCAAGAAUUCUUCAAUACGACUACAUAAUCAUCGGCGGAGGAACUUCAGGCUGCCCAUUAGCGGCCACUCUGUCUAAGCAUGCAAAAGUGCUAGUCCUCGAAAGAGGAGGCUCUCCAUAUGGCAAUCCUAACAUAACCGACAUAGGCAACUUCGUUGCUUCGCUUUCAGACACAUCUCCUUAUUCCCCUUCUCAACAAUUCAUCUCCGAGGAUGGAGUCUACAACACUCGCGCACGUGUUCUAGGCGGGGGAAGCGCCCUGAACGCCGGAUUUUUCACGCGCGCGAGCGUUGAUUAUGUGAAGCAAGCAGGGUGGAAAGAGAAAUUGGUGAAUUCAUCUUAUGCAUGGGUUGAGAAAAAAGUAGCAUUUAGACCACAAAUGUUGCAGUGGCAAUCAGCAGUGAGGGACGGGCUGAUAGAAGCAGGGCUGCUGCCUGACAAUGGAUUUACUUAUGAUCAUGUCCAUGGAACUAAAGUUGGAGGUUCAAUCUUUGACAGAGAUGGUCACAGGCAUACUGCUGCGGAUCUACUUGAGUAUGCCGAUCCAAGAAAUAUUACAGUUUAUUUGCAUGCUACUGUUGUCAAGAUCUUGUUUACGCAGAGAGGGAGACCAUGGCCGAGACCGAGAGCUUAUGGGGUGGUAUUUGAAGAUAUAUUAGGAUUCAGGCACACGGCAUUCUUGAAUAGGAACGCAAAGAAUGAGAUAAUCUUGUCAGCUGGUGCAUUAGGAAGCCCACAACUGCUGAUGCUGAGUGGUAUUGGACCAGGCUACCAUCUUCGGGCUCAUGGCAUUCCUAUAGUGUUGGACCAGCCGAUGGUGGGUGAAGGGAUGGCAGAUAAUCCUAUGAAUCUUAUUUUCAUUCCUUCUCCUUUGCCAGUUGAGGUCUCGCUAAUACAAGUUGCGGGCAUCACUCGAUUUGGUAGCUAUAUUGAGUCAGCCAGUGGUCUAACAUAUGCUUACGCUUGGGCACGAAGAUUUAUUAGGGAGUACGAGCAGUCAUCGAAUCAGACAGGCGAGCCGAACAUGUUGACCCCGGCAGCAAUGGCUAAGGCAGUUGAAACCGUGAAUUCCCUAGUGAAUGCAACGUUAAGGGGUGGAGUUAUACUAGAAAAGGUAAUGGGUCCACUCUCCACAGGCGAUCUCAAGCUUAGGACAACAAACCCAAACGACAAUCCAUCAGUCAAAUUCAAUUACUUCAAGGAACCAGAGGACUUGAGGACUUGUGUUGAGGGAAUGAAAACUAUUAUAGAUGUAAUAAACUCUAACGCAUUUUCAAAGUUUCGUUACAGACAUGUGCCAGUGCAAGCUCUCAUUAGCCUGAUGGCAAAUCUGCCUGUGAACUUGAGACCAAGACAUGUUACUACAGCAAUUUCCUUGGAACGAUUUUGCGUCGACACUGUCAUGACCAUUUGGCAUUAUCAUGGAGGCUGUCAAGUUGGCAAGGUUGUGGAUCGUGAUUACAGGGUUAUUGGUGUCGAUGGAAUAAGGGUUAUUGAUGGCUCCACUUUUCUUCGCUCCCCUGGAACUAAUCCUCAAGCUACUGUCAUGAUGCUUGGAAGGUAUAUGGGGAAGAGGAUACUGCGCGCGAGACUUGCUGAUAGGAGAAGUAGAUAACAAAUCUUUUCACUAGUUUUCCAUAAUUGUUGUUUGAUCGGAAAUGUUAUGUACUUAUUUCUGCAUGCGUGUUACUUUGUAGAGUUUGAAUUGGAUCAAUUUUGGUAAUUUAGUACUUUUCUGUGAUUUUGUGAUACAAUCUAAUCUAAUUGAGAAAAUAAUAAACUGAUUUGAAAAAAGA